AUGAAUAUUCUGCAAGAAAAUGUCCGCCAUGCUCAGGCAGCGCUCAAAGCUACCCCCAAAGGCCAGCCCGAUCCAUUAUUACUGUCAUACAACCUAGCAGAGGCCCUAUCCGCCCAAUAUCGCGAAUCUGGAAACCUGGAAGACUUACAGGAGGCAGUGCAAUCGGCGCGGACAGCUAUCGACAUCACCCUGGACAGUGACCCCUAUAUGCCAUACUACGCAAUGAACUUGGGGAUAUACCUUGUAGCUCUCCAUCUUUGCACUGGCAACUUGGAUGAUUUGCAUGACGCAGUGAGCUAUGAGCGAAAAUCCAUCGAUGCCACCCCGGAGGGCGAUCCCGAGCUAGCGGACCGUGCCGGUUAUUUAUCUUUUGCUCUCGUCACCAGAUAUAUCGAAACCGGAAACCUAGAGGAUUCAUAUGAGGCAUUUCGGCUGGGCGAAAAAGCUUUCAGCUUGACUCCAGAGGAUGACCCAGACAAACUUAUAUAUCUGACGAACCUCGCUUGGUGUCUCCAUGAGCGCUGCAGGCAAACUGGAGACUUGGAGGUUUCAAACCAGGGAAUUCGGCUUGGGGAAAAAGCCAUCAGUGAUACCCCAGCAGAUGACCUAGACCUUCCCGGUCGACUGACUAAUCAAUCGGCCUCUCUUCACUGGCGCUUUGGUCAGACAAGUGAUCUAGAGGACCUUCAAAUGGCAAUUCAACUAACAGAAAAGGCCAUCAACGCUACUGGAGAAGGUCACCUCGAUAGACCGGACUAUCUAAGAAGCCUUGCAACAUACCUCUCAGAUCGGUAUAAGCACACCGGAGACCUAGAAGAUAUUCACCGGGCCAUUCUGGUCACUGAAAAUGCUAUAAACGCUGCUCAAGAAGGUCACCUCGAUAAACCGGACGAUCUAGCAAGCCUUGCAGUGUACCUCUCGGAUCGUUACGAUCACACUAAAGACCUAGAAGACCUCCAUCGAGCAAUUGGGCUAACUGAAAAGGCCAUCAGCGCUACUCGACAAGGUCAGCCUGACCAACUCAACUAUUUGAAGAAUCUCUCAAUUUACCUCACUGAUCGGUAUGAUCGCACUAGAGACCUAGAAGAUCUCCAUCGGGCAAUUUGUCUAGCUGAAAAUGACAUGGUCCUUACUCCAAAUGGCCGCAACCAAUUGGGUGAUUUGAUUCGCCUCGCGAAAAACUUCUCAAAUCGCUAUGAACGUAUAGGAGAUAUAGAGGAUAUCCAGAAGGCAAUUCAGCUAGUCGAAACAGCCAUCGAGGGCCUUGAUGGCCGGAAUGAUCACCCAGAACUCCAGAUCUGGCAGAAUAACCUCGCACUCUAUCUAUCGAGCAGAUUCGAUCACACUAGAGAAGUGGACGAUAUAAAUCGCGCAGUUCAGAUAGGGAAGGAAGCUGUCAAUAAUACCCUGAAGGAUCACGCCGACCACGCCACCUUUUCCGCCAAUUUAGCUUCCCAUCUCUCAAGUCAAUAUCAGGAAUCGGGGAAUUUUGAUGACUUGCAGCAGUCAAUACAGCUUGCCCAAAGAGCUGUCGAUUCUACCCCAGAUGACCACGCCGAUCUACCGUUCCGGUUCAGCAUUUUGGCGCGAGUUCUUUUCAUAAGUUACAACAAGACUGGGAACUUGGAUGAUUUGCUAGAAGCAGUCCGCAGUGCCCAGCAAGUAGUAGAUAUUACCCCAAAGGAUCAUCAUGAUCUAGCGGGUCGGUCAACUUCUCUCGCUACGAAACUCUUGACUAGUUAUGAGCAAUCUGGGGACUUGGAUCAAUUGCGAGAAGCAGCCCGCCAUGGCCAAACAUCAGUCGACAUCACCCAGAAAGACGACCCCCAUCUAGCAGAGCGACUACAAGCUCUUGCCCAUAUUUUAUCAACCCGAUACGAUCGAAUGGGAGAUUGGGAUGAUUUACAGCAAGCAAUUCGCUUAGCCAAAAGCGCUAUGUCUACUGGUCUACCCAGCUAUAACCAUUCAGAUGGAACAAUUCUACUAAUGAAUCUAGCAAACGACCUGACAAGCCGGUAUGAGCAAACUGGGGACUUGGAUGAUUUGCAAGAAGCAGUUCGGCUCGGGAAGAAAGCCAUCGAAAAUAUCGCAGAUAACGAUCCUGAACUAGGACAUCUUCAAAGUACCCUAUCAAACUUGUUUUUGACCCGUUUCUAUCGGGUUGAGAAUUUUCAGGAUUUAGAAGAGGCAGUAAAACUAGCCGAAAGGUCCAUCGCGGUCACUCCAGAGAAUCACCCGGAUCUAGGUAGUCGGCUGAUAUCCCUGGCGAGCAGCCUCUCGGCCCGAUUUGAUCGAUCAGGAACAUCGGAUUUAAGUGAUAUACAGCACGCUAUUCGCCUUACCCAGAAGGCUGUGGACCUUGCACCGGAAGGUCACAUAGAUACACCAAUGUGGCUGAACAAUCAAGCCAUUUACGUCUCCGCCCAAUAUAAUAGGACUGGAAACUCGGUGGACUUACAAGACGCAAUCUCAGUCGCUCAAAAAGCCGUCGAAAAUACACCAGACAAUCAUCCGGAUCUGACAACCUGGUUGAAUAAUCUCGCGAUCUACUUCUCGAUUCGAUAUGAAGAAGAGAGCGAUGAGAAUGAUAAGUUGGCAGCUUUGAAGUACUUCUCACAAGCCCUCGAUUCCAAUACUGCAACGACACGUAUUCGUAUCGAAGCUGCCCGUCGAGCGAUCAAUCUUCUUGUUCCGGAUGGCCACUUUGAUAGAGCUCAAUUGCUGGCCGAAAGAGCACUUGAUCUUUUGCCUCUCGUGUGUGGCCGCUACCUCAGCCGGGAGGACCAACAGUAUGCUAUUCAGCAAACGUCGGGCCUAGCUGCCGAAGCAUCAUCUGUUCUUCUCCAAACUGACAGUGAUCCAGCUCGGGCUUUAGAGUAUCUAGAGCAUGGCCGAGGUCUUAUUAUUGGGUACCUCAUUGACAGAAGGGGUGAUACCUCGGAUCUGUUCGCUAAGCAUCCUAGGGAAGCGGAAGAGUUCGAUCGGCUUCGUGCUAAGGCUUUUAUGCCUCUGCAUCAACAGAGCCCGCUUGAAACCCACCCACAACUGUUGGAAGAACGCGAGGAGACUGUAACACGCCUUGAAAGCUGCCUGGCAGGAAUCCGGGGAUUAGAGGGAUUUGAUCGGUUCCUCCUUCCCCCUCCUUCUGAAGUGCUACAAGCAAACGCCACCGAAGGACCGAUUGUGGUCGUCAAUGUCACAUCAAUCAGUAGCGAUGCCUUAAUUGUUCUUCCCUCUGGCAUCAAGCACGUUCCAUUACCAAACUUUGGCGUAUCGAAAGCUAGCCUCUAUCGAUCCUGGGGCUUGACCCGUAGCUCAUCAAGACGGAUUGAGUUAAGAAAUACGAGAAAGCAAAAGAGCUCACAAGAUCUUCUACAUGAUUUAUGGUAUGACUGCGUCCGUUUGGUACUAGAGCAGCUGGGGUUUCUAUAUCUUGAAGAUCACACGGCGCUUCCUCGCAUUUGGUGGAUCGGGACGGGCCUUGCUGCCUCGAUUCCCUUCCAUGCAGCGGGCGAUCACUCACCAGGCUCAGUUGAGAAUACCCUAAGUUGUGUUCUUUCCUCAUAUACACCGUCGAUAAAGAUGCUCCAUUUUGCAAGGGAGAAUACAAGAGUGACAGCCGACGCACAGUCGGUUUUGCUGGUCACAAUGCCGACAACCCCUGGUGAAGAUGAUCUCCCUGGAGUCAUGGCGGAGAGCCAAGCAAUUCACAAAGCAGUCACCACGCCUCAUACCGUCACAUCCUUGAUUCAGCCCAGUGCAGAGAUGGUUCUCCAUGGACUUCAAGAUUGCAGUAUCGCGCAUUUUGCGUGUCACGGAUCAUCAGAUAUGCAAGACCCCUCGAACAGUUUUCUGGCCCUUCAAGGCCAGUCUGAUCUUACUGCCGACCCUCUGACAGUCAAGAGAAUCUCCGAGUCCCACAUGAAGCAAGCCUGGCUUGCGUAUCUUUCUGCCUGUUCUACUGCUGAGAAUGAAGGAUCGGAACUGGCAGAUGAAGCUCUCCAUCUUGCGAGCGGCUUUCAGGUCGCAGGGUUUGCACACACUGUUGGGUCAAUGUGGUCAUCAAAUGACGACAUUUGUGCGCAAGUCGCUGCCGUCUUUUACCGUGAGCUUAUUUCCCAAGAUGGGUUGGCACAGGGUAACCGGGCAGUCUCGAUGGCACUACAUACUGCUGUAAUGACCGUCCGCGAGCAGAAUUGGGAAAGACCACAUCUAUGGGCCCAAUACGUUCACUUUGGUGCUUGA